AUGGCUAUUGCAAGGUUUCUGUAUGACAAUUGCAUUCCUUUUAAUGUAGUGAAUUCAAUGUACUACCAAAUGAUGAUUGAUGCCAUAGUUGCUGCUCGUCCUGGUUACAAAGGUCCAUCUUAUCAUGCUGUACGGGUCCCUUUGUUGAGGGAUAAUAAGAAAGAAGUUCAGUUGUUGGUUGAGUCACAACGUAGGCAUUGGGCAGAAGUUGGAUGUACACUUAUGGCUGAUGGUUGGACAGAUACUAGACAUAGGUCAUUGAUUAAUUUCCUUGUUUAUUGUCCUAGGGGAAUGGUAUUUGUAAAAUCAGUUAAUGCCUCAGAUAUUGUGAAGAAUACUAGAAACUUGUUUAAAUUGUUUGAUGAAGUAGUUACAUGGGUUGGUCCAAAAAACAUAGUUCACUUGGUUACUGAUAAUGCUUCCAACUAUGUAUCUGCUGGUAAAUUGUUAUGUGAAAAGUAUAAAACUAUUAGUUGGUCUCCUUGUGCAGCACAUUACCUGAAUCUUGUGUUGCAGGAUAUGGGGGAGAUGUCUCAUGUGGAGAGACUAAAAAAUCGUGCAACCAAAGUUACAAUUUUUAUUUAUAAUCAUGUAGCUUUGAUUGCUUGGUUGAGGAAGAGACCUGGUUGGACAAAUAUUGUACGUGCAGGAGCAACAAGAUUUGCUACUACUUUCCUUUCAUUUGGAAGCCUUCAUGUGCAUAAGUAUGACUUGCAAGCCUUAGUGACUAGCAAGUUCUUUGUGGACAAUAGAUUGGCAAGAGAGUCAAAGACAAAAGAAGUAGUUUCUAUCAUAUUGGAUAAUUCUUUUUGGGAUGAUAUUAAUGUUCUUGUCAAGAUUUCAUCGCCACUCAUUCGUUUGUUACGGAUUGUUGAUUCUGAUCAAAGGCCUGCAAUAGGAUAUGCGUAUGAGGGCAUGCAUAGAGCACGGUUGGGAAUCAAGAAGAUCUUCCGAAUGAAGAGGCACUUGUACAAGCCAUACACCUCAAUUAUAAAAAACUGUUGGGACAAGCAUUUGCGUAAAGAUCUUCAUGCUGCUGCAUAUUGGUUAAAUCCCGCUUUUCAAUAUGAUGAGGAGAAUUUUUGUCGGAAACCAGCAGUAAAUAUGGCUAUUUUGGACUACAUUGGGACAAAAUAUGAUGGUGAUCAAGAAAAGGUAAUUAGGGAAACCCAAUAUUUUCGAGACCGUAUUGGGAGCUUUGAUAGAGAUCUUGCAUUGUCAACAAGCAAUACCACUCAUCCAGGUGAGAAGUAA